AUGGUGGCUUUAAUUGAUCAACUAUACAAUGUUACAGCAUUGAGAGAAUGCAGUUCCUUAAAUGUUGCUGCAUGGAUAGUUUUCGGGUUAGGUAUAUCAAAGAUGGUGUUUUUGACCUUAAACUUCAGCAAGAUGGUCUUAGACUUGUUUGUUCUUCCAGGUCCAGACUUUAAGAAGUACGGUAAGGGGAAAGGUGCAUAUGCUGUUGUUACUGGUGCUAGUGACGGUAUUGGUAAAGAAUACGCCAAACAAUUAGCGAAACGCGGGUUCAACCUAAUUUUGAUCAGUAGAACUGAAUCGAAGCUAGUUGAAUUGAAGAAGGAAAUCGAGACUGAAUGCAAGAUUGACGUUAAAAUUUUAGCCAUUGAUGUCAGUUCUGAUAGCAAGGAGAACUAUACUUUAAUUAGAGAAGUUGCGUCGGGUUUACCUGUAACUGUUUUGAUCAAUAAUGUUGGUAAGUCUCAUUCGAUUCCAGUACCAUUUGAUCAAACCGAAGAAUCUGAAUUGAGAGAUAUAAUUACUAUCAACAAUACUGCGACAUUAAUGAUCACACAAACUUUGUUACCACAAUUAAAAGCAAGCGUUAAGACGUUGAAAUGUCGUGGUCUAAUCUUGACAAUGGGUUCCUUUGGUGGUCUGCUACCUACCCCAUUCUUAGCUACAUACAGUGGUUCCAAGGCAUUUUUACAAAGUUGGUCUAACGCCCUAGCUGGUGAAUUAUCUAGCGAUUCUAUCGAUGUUGAGUUAGUGUUAUCUUACUUAGUUACCAGUGCAAUGUCUAAGAUUAGAAGAUCAAGUGCAUUGAUCCCUUCUCCAAAGGCUUUCGUGAGAUCCACAUUGAACUCCAUUGGCAAACGCUGUGGUGCCCAAGAGCGUUUUGCAACCUCCACGCCGUAUUGGUCUCAUGCAUUAUACCAUUUCAUUAUCGAGAACACCGUCGGUGUGUACUCUAAGAUUGCUAAUUCAAUUAAUUAUUCCUUCCACUUGAGUAUCAGAAAGAGAGCUUUGAAAAAGGCUGAAAGACAAGCCAAGAAGCAAUAA